GGCUCGCACACGUAUUGACACGUACCAGGGGGAGCUUUGUAGAGAAAAAGCACUCAGGCUUGCCUGGUGUCCCUUUAACAGUAAUCGCCUACAGAGGGCCGCUCAGACAAUGGCAGAAGUGCCAUUCGUCAUGUUAUGAGGUUUUUUGGAAUUUGGAAACAUGUUAAGGUCAAACAUUUUUUAAGGGUGCCUUUAACAGUGGACAGUGUUUUGAACAACGGAACUAGCCAUUUUCGACCAAACAAUGACACGUGAUCAGUCACCAUGAAUCCAAAGGCAACAAUGGAUAAGCCAAAAUCUAAAAUCUCAGCUUCACGGAAGCUCUCCCUGAAGAUGAUGCUUCUGGCAAGAGCCAUCGAGGAGUUGGAAAAAGAAAAGGUAGACAGGGAAGAUGAGAAGGAACGAUACCUUGGGGAGAAGCUGCCACCUUUACAGCUUUCCGGCCUUUCUAUGAAAGACUUACAGACUCUCUGUGAGCAGCUCCAUGCAAAGAUGGGCGUGGUUGAUGAAGAGCGUUACGACUGUGAGGAAAAAGUGACAAAGCACAACAAAGAUAUCCGUGAGUUGAAACUGAAGGUACAGGACCUUGGGGGGAAGUUUAAGAAACCGGCCCUGAGGAAGGUGCGUGUAUCUGCAGAUGAGAUGAUGCGAGCUCUACUAGGCUCCAAACAUAAAGGAUCUAUGGACCUCCGGGCCAACUUAAAAUCUGUCAAGAAGGAAGACAUCAAACAGGAGAAGGUACUGACAAGUGAGGUUGGUGAUUGGCGCAAAAAUGUGGAGGCGAUGUCGGGCAUGGAGGGAAGGAAGAAAAUGUUUGAUGCAGCAGGUGGUCAGUGAACAAUGACUGAACAGAAAUCUGACAAAGAAGUGGAGAAUGAAGAGGAAGAGCAGUGGCUCCUGUACUUAACACUACCAAUAUGGCAUGUGUCCACCAAAUAUACUCAAGCUUAUAGUUAGGACCUCAGCAGUGGAGUGAAAGAAAUGGAAAACAGUGAAUUGUAAUUAGAUGGAACCAAACAUAAAGGAAGAAAUAAAGCUCAUCACAUGUU